UAUCUUAACAAACCUAAUGCCAUAAGGUCGAAGCAUAAUUUUGACCGAAGUUCGGAAGAUUCUGGCGCCCAAUUGGGAGCUCAGCUUCGCGCUCUGAUACCAAUAGUUGUUUCUUCUAUUGCUCAUUCUGCCAGAUGGAGGAGCCUGAACUCACUGUACCUCCUCUCAAACCUCCUCUUCACAAUACAUCUGUACCUAGGGAUAAGGAGCCUGAUCUAGAGGAUCUUGAGAAGCUGAAGAAAUGGCAGGAAGAACGUAUGACAAGGAAACUCAGAGGAGAAUAUGAGUCUGCUGUCCUUCAUCUUGGUCAAGUGGUAAAUGAGAAUCUCAACAGCCGUAUGAAUAUCGCGUCGAUACGCGUCGACGGGGCGGUUCAUACUCGCAAGUCAUUCCUGGGCUCGUUAAUCAACCCUUACCUCGUGACGGACAAGCCUCAUACGCUUGGCUCCGUUCUGGAUACAACUAGAUCUCUCGGACACUUGCUUCAGGAGACGGAUAUCUUUGAUAAUGUUGUUGCGAAGCUGGAACGCAGCAGGGAUAUUUUUGCUCGGCCCAACGAUGUGAACUUGGUAUUCAAAGCGAAAGAAAAGGGUCGCUUCUUCCUGAACACCUCGACACAAGUAGGAAAUGACGAGGGAGGAGCGAGUGCAACCUGUCGUGUUCGCAAUGUUUUCGGUGGUGCAGAAACCUUCGAGGCAAACCUCGCAUUCGCUACCAAGACUCGCGUAUCUUUCCACGCGUCUCUCUCUGCACCUCUCACGCGUACACUUGGUACUCGGGGUGAAAUUUCACUCUUCGGUACAGAGCGCGACAACACAAGUUAUGCAAGCCAUUUCGAGGGCGUCCGAGGAAUAAGGGCCGUUGUCAGGAAUGGGAACCUUGUGAAGGGUUUGCACGAAAUUGGAUAUGAGGCCGUACUGAGGCAUCUUAGUAACCUCACUCCAACCGCUUCCAUCAGUGUACGAGAAGCCGCUGGUCAAUCUGUGAAGUCGUCACUGUUCCACGUCUGGACACGCGAUACUCGAGAUGAUCGGCUUCUGGGUACGCGGGGUUCAUACCUCAAACUCUCACAGGAGCUUGCAGGACUUGGUGGAGACGCAUCCUUCUUCAAAUCCGAAGCUCUAGGCCAACUUUCACGUGCCCUCCUACCUCACGUCACUGUAUCAUUUGCAGCGCGCACGGGAGUCCUGUGUCCCUUCAACGACAAGUUGACUCUCCUUCCGGACCGUUUUCAACUGGGCGGCCCUACUAGUGUACGAAUGUUCCGUGCAAGCAGUCUGGGUCCCAAAGACGCAUCAGACUCUCUCGGAGGCGAUCUCUACUGGUCGGCUGGUGUUAGUUUGAUUACGGAUAUACCCAAAAAGCCGAACUGGCCCGUGAAGUUGCAUGGGUGGGUGAACGCCGGACGGCUGGAUGCGUUGGACAAAACUCGGACAAUAGAUUCGAUACUGAAGUCUUCCAUCACUCAGCCUUCUAUUUCGGCCGGCGUGGGUCUGGUGUAUAAGCUUGAUCCUGUGAGAGUGGAAGUCAACUUUGGCGUGCCGCUUACUGCCAGCAAGGGUGAUGGAACGAGGAAAGGCUUUCAAGUCGGCAUCGGUCUGGACUUCCUGUAGAUUUGCCAUCGAAUGUAGAAGCGGGGAGGAGAAUGUUACUAUUGGGUAUAAUUAUAUACCAGUGCGUGAGUAUAACAAUAAAUUCUCAUUGAAACAGAUGGGAGUACGCAGUGUUCAACGGCUUCGAUCUUCACCGCUGUCCAAGAGAAUUAUGCUCUAUCUCAGGGUGACUGCAGUGAAAGCCACUUGCCAGAAUUCGAUCUCAUGUGUAAAAUAAAAUAAAAAGACAAUGGUCAACCGUUGGUGAUACAACCAGCCAGAAGUAAGCUCACAGGACGGUCUCUACACAAUUCUUGUG